GUAAGCUGUAAACACAGGAGCUAUUACUACUAACAGCCCCCCAGCGGGACAAAAACAGGGAUGGGGCAGAGUGAAGGGGAAAUAAGAAAGGACUGAAGGGCUUGCAUCGUUGCAGAAUAAAGCCAUUUGCCGUGAAGAAGGGAGCAGAAAUGCUACACCUCGUCAUUCUGUCUGCUAACAUCCCAACUGCAAAAUUCACCACACCCGACUCACACGUGUCUGCCAGCUUCAGAGAUGUCACAAGAAGUACAAGAGUCAUACAGAAGGAACAGAAUCCUACUUGGAAUGAGACGCUGGUGUGGUUCCUGGUUGAUCGGCCCCUGGACAGCGCUUCCUUUGUGGACAUACAACUCCGGGAGUGGGGUCACUUGGCUACAAAAAGGGAUCUGGGCUCCGCUACUGUAUUUCUAACAUCUCUUGCUGCAAAACCAAGCAGCGUACUCACCCUGAAGGACCUGCCCCUCCUGGAUAGUGGCCACCAGCCGACAGGCUGUACCAUCAAUUUAAGUGCCUCCUACACCCCGCCAGGACUCAAGGCAAUAGGGGAGUCAGGAAAACAAAAAGCCAGUGGUGAAGGGGCACACGGCGAGGUCACCACAGCCAUCCGGAGUAUUACAGGAAAGGAUCAUCAGAGGGAAGGAAUCAGCAGCCGAAUAAAUCCCAGAAGAGAACUCGCAGACAAAAAACAGGACUUCCAGGUGCGUGUGAGGAUCAUUGAAGGCCGUCAGCUCCAGGGAAACAACAUCAAGCCCGUGGUGAAGGUCUUCAUUGGAGACCACGUGUACAGGACGAGAAUCAAAAUGGGGAACAACCCCUAUUUUAAUGAGAUAUUUUUCCAGAACUUCCAUGAGACGCCUACUCAGGUCUUUGACGAGACCAUAAACAUACAGGUGCUGAACUCAAGGGCAGUGCGAGCGGAUUCCAUCAUUGGAGUGUUCAAGCUUGAGGUUGGCCAUGUGUACGACUCUCCCGGCCAUGCUCUCAGCUGGAAAUGGCUCAGCCUUUACCACCCUACUCAUCUGAAUGCGGGCUUGAGAGGCUACUUGAAAGUCAGCCUUUGUGUCCUAGGAGCCGGGGACCAGGCACCGGAGCUGGACAAGCCUAUGGAGAGCGAGGAUGUCGAGUCCAGCCUUCUCAAGCCUGCCGCGAUGCCUGUAUGCAUGGCCACCUUUCAGCUCCGCAUAUACAGAGCUGAGGAUAUACCCCAAAUGGAGGACUCCUUUCUGCAUUACUUUAGGUCCAUGUUCCAUAUGCAUGUCGACAAAAGGAUCUGCGUUGACCCUUCCGUGGAAGUUAGUUUUGCAGGGAAAACGCACUGCACCAGAGUGAUGCCAAGAAAUGCCAACCCAGAGUGGAACCAGGUGCUGUUCUUUCCUGCUCAGUUACCAUCCAUGUAUGAUAAGAUCAAGCUAACCAUUCUGAACAGGGACCGAGCAAGAAAAACGGACAUCCUUGGGACCACGUACAUUAGCCUGUCCGAGGUGUCUUCCACGGGGGCUGAGAUAGAAGGGGAUUUCUCCGGGUUCCUGCCAUGCUUUGGACCCAGCUUCCUGACCCUCUACGGGAGCCCCAAGGAAUUCACCAGCCUCCACGACCCGAAUGAGAAACUCAACUCUGGGAGCGAGGAAGGGGUGGCCUAUCGAGGUCGGAUUCUAGUGGAAUUAAACACCAGCAUGGAUAGGACCCCCGAACAGGAAAUAGAGGAGAUCCCUGCAGAAGCUAUUGCCAGGGUGGAGCGAUACUUGUCCCGGCGCAAGUAUGGCCUGUGUGCCAUCUUCUAUUCAGCCACCAUGCUGCCCGCUAUCAAGGAGCUAAUCCAAUUUGAGGUCAGCAUCGGGAACUAUGGCAACAAGUUUGACGUGACAUGCAAGCCCUGUGCCUCAACCACCCAGUACAGCCAAGCUGUGUUUGACGGAAACCAUUAUCACUAUCUGCCGUGGUACGACACCAAGCCAAUGGUGGCCAUCACCUCUUUCUGGGAGGACGCUAGCUACUACAUGGACACCCUGAACAUCAUGCACUCCACACGGGACAGGCUGAAAUUGAAUCUGGAUGCUCUGAGAUCCGUCCGAAACGCCGAGGAUCCAUCUUUGGGUAACAUCUGGAAGAAGCUGCUGGAAGAGCUGCUGGAGGACUGCAAAAGGCUGCUGCCCAGUUUGGAAGGUCGGAUGACAGCCACAGUCCUGGAUCAACAGCUGAGGGACCUGCGUGGUCGGCUCCUCCACCAAGUAGCCAGGUCUGCAGAGAGGCUGAGCACUGGGACUAACCCAAAGACCCUGAUCCUCAAGGUAGAGGACUGGCUGCAGAGGAUCAACUCGGUGACUCCGGAGGCCCAAGCCAGCAUGCCUGACGUGGCGAUCUGGAUGCUGUGCAAGGAGAAGCGGGUGGCCUAUGCCCGGGUGAAGGCUCACACCAUCAUGUUCUCCAAGGCCGGUCCCUGCGCCUGUGGCAAGCUGUGUGGGAAAACCCACACCCUCUUCCUGAAGGUAGGAGACGGGCCAGGAUCUCCGCCCCUCUCGCUCGCCUCGGGCUGCGGGGAGCGCGGAGCCGGCCCUGCCCACGCCUGGUGGCUGCAUUUGGAGCGGGUGCAGCGCGGCCCCUUUGCCUUCCUCUUGCAGAGCCCCCAGAGUGACGGGAAGGACACCAUCCAUGGCCAGCUGCGGAUGCGGAUGUGGCUCAGUCUGGUGUCCGACAGCCAGGAGUUCAUGAGGCAUUUUGAGGGGAAGAUCGGGGUCUAUGCAGAGUCGUAUGAGAACCAGGUGAAGAUCUUUGGGAAGUGGGGGUCCAAAGGGCUGAUGCAGCACCCCAGCUCCUCGGACAUAACCGGGAAGAUUGGUGUCCCGAGGGACAAGUUCCAGCUGCCCAAGGGCUGGCACUGGGAUGGCGACUGGGCAGUUGAGCCACAGAGGAGGCUGCUGCUGGAUACUGAAACCAACUACAGUGAGGUGCUGGAGGAGGUGUAUGAGAAUGAGAGCCGGCAGCCAGGGGAAGAGUGGGCCCCAGCCCCUUCUCCCAACACCGAUGCGGGUGGAGCCGCUGUCUCCCCAAGGGAAGGGAUCGUGUGCCCUAAGGGCUGGCACUUCGAGGAAAGCUGGAGGGUGGAGGUGAACCGAGCUGUGGAUGAGGCCGGUCCUGCUGGCAGCCGGGCUCCUCUCUCAGGCUGGGAGUACGGCGUUGGCAUCCCCCCCACCGGAACCCCCCAGGCCUGGAAUGCUGCAGAGAAGACGUACCACACACACCGGCGUCGGCGCUGGCUGCGGAGACGCUGUCGGGACCUGAACGCUCAGAGCCAGGAGCAGGAAAUCGCCUCCUUUCUCCGGCUGCACUCCGCAGGGAAGCCGGCGGAAGAGGACACCUGGGAAUACGCCUCCUUCUUUGGCUGGAAGUUCCGCCUGCAGCCCCGGCCGCAUGACACUUACCGGCGGCGCUGCUGGCGGAGGAAGCUCGUGCCCGUGCAGCCCACCAGGGUGGCUCCCAUUUUCCUCUUGGAGGGCUCCCUGGGCGUGGAGUUGGAAGAUCAAGAGAAGGGGGAAGGAGAGGAGGAGGAGAAAGAGAAACAGAAGGAGCAAGAGAAAAAACUCCUGGAGGAAGGAGAGAGAGAAAAGAGGUCCCCAGCCCAGAACAUCCUGCAGCUGAACACUCCUCUGAUCACCUGUGUCUUCCAGAAGCCCAAUUACUACCAACUGUGCUGCUACAUCUACCAAGCCCGGGAUCUGACACCAAGCGCGGGCAAGAGCUCCUCUGAUCCCUAUGCCCACGUGUCCUUCCUGCACAUGAGCCAGCGCACACAGACCUUGGCUGCCACCCUGAGCCCCAGCUGGGACCAGACCCUAAUCUUUGACCAUGUGCUGAUUUAUGGAGACCCCCAGGCCACCCAGCAGGACCCGCCACUGGUGGUUUUGGAGCUGUUUGACCGGGAUAUCAUUGACAAGGAUGACUUCCUGGGGAGGAGCAUGUGUUCCCCACUAGUAUGUCUGGAUCUUGGAUCCCGACACCUCCCCCACCUCCAGUGGUAUCCAAUCACAAGGCAGCAGAAGGAAGCGGGCGAGCUCUUAGCUGCCUUUGAGCUCCUAUUGAAUCCCAAGGAUGGUGCACCAGGCCACCUUCCCGCCCCCUCCUGGAAGAACGGGGUCUACGUCAUCCCUAGCGGCAUCCGGCCCACACUGAGACUGAUGGCCAUUGAGAUCCUGGCCUGGGGCCUGCGGGGCCUGCAGAGCUAUAACCUGCUGAGCAUCAUGUCGCCGAGCCUGGUGGUGGAGUGUGCAGGAGAGGCCAUCCAGACGGCUCCCAUCAGAGACCUCCGCGAAAACCCCAACUUCCCAAUCAAUGUCUUCCUCAUGAGAGUGCACUUACCCAUGGAAGAAGAUUUAAUGCCCCCCAUCGAGCUGAAGGUCGUGGACAACCGUGAGUUUGGGUACAAGCCAGUGGUGGGCCAGGCCAGCGUGAGAUCCCUGCGCCAGUACAUGUGUGAGCCGUCAGCAGAGGGGCACCAUCCCAGCCUGCCACCCCCAGUAGCUUCCAAGGGGAAGAUCGCGAAGAUGCUGGGCAGGAUGGCUGCUGAGUCGUGGCUUCGAACCACACCAAGAGCAGAGAAGGAGGAGGAGGAGUGUGUCGACUGGUGGAGCAAGUUCUAUGCUGCCACGGGGGAUCUGGCAAAGAGCGGAGACUACCUGCAGACAGGGCUGGACAGCCUGAAGGUCUAUCACUGUGAGUUGGAGGCCGUGCCGGAGUUCCAGGGCCUGCAGGAUUUCUGCCAGACCUUCAGGCUGUACCGCGGGCGGGGGCGGGAGGCGGCCAGCGAAGACCCCCUGGUAGUUGGGGAAUUCAAGGGACUCUUCCAGAUCUACCCACUGCCGGAGGACCCCAGCUCCCCACCACCGCCACGCCAGUUCCAGGAGCUGCCCAAAAGCCAACCGCAGAAGUGUCUGGUCCGGGUUUACAUCAUCCGGGCCUUUAACCUCCCGCCAAAGGAUAGGAACGGCCUGUGUGAUCCCUACGUGAGGGUCACCCUGGGCAAGAAGAAGCUGGGGGACAGAGACCAGUAUCUGCCCAACACCCUGGAACCUGUCUUUGGCAGGAUGUUUGAGCUCCUGUGCACCCUCCCACGGGAGAAGGACUUGCAGAUCUCGCUCUUUGACUACGACCUCGUCCUCCCGGACCAGAAGAUAGGGGCCACCAGCAUCGACCUGGAGAACCGAGUCCUGUCCCGCUUCCGGGCCAACUGCGGGCUGCCCCAGUCCUACUGCAUUUCUGGCCCCUGUCAGUGGCGAGACCAGCUCCUCCCCACCCAGUUACUGGAGAACUUUGCUAAGAUGAAGAGUCUGGCCCUGCCCGAGUUCAGCGCAGACGGAGGCAAAGCCACCUUCAUGGGCAGGGCCUUCCUGCUGGCGCAGUUUGAGAGCAAGGUCCCUGCGCACGGUCACCUGGGCCCCCCGAGAGAGCGCCUGGCCCUGCACCUGCUCCGCACCUGCGGGCUGGUCCCCGAGCACCUGGAGACCAGGACGCUGCACCACAGCAUCCAGCCCGGCAUCGACCAGGGGAAGCUGCAGAUGUGGGUGGACAUUUUCCCAGAGAGCUUUGGCCCCCCAGGCCCUGCCUUCGACAUCACCCCUCGGAAGCCCAAACGGUACGAGCUGCGCUGCAUCGUCUGGAACACGCGGGACGUGGAUCUGCAGGACACCAGCAUCACGGGGCAGAGGAUGAGCGACAUCUAUGUGAAAGGGUGGCUGGAUGGCCUGGAGGAGGAGAGGCAGAGAACCGAUGUGCACUACAGGUCCCUGGGAGGAGAGGGCAACUUCAACUGGAGGUUCAUCUUCCCCUUCGAGUUCCUGCCCAUGGAGCAGGUCUGCGUCCUGCCCAGGAAGGAAUAUCUCUGGAGCCUGGAUGAGACCGUGCUGAAGGUGCCCCCCAAGCUCAUCCUCCAGGUGUGGGACAACGACAAGUUCUCGGCUGACGAUUUUCUCGGAGUUCUGGAAAUCAAACUGCUCAGCAUGCCCUGCCCAGCCAGGCGCCCCCGGGACUGCACCCUGAAAAUGCUGCAGGACGAGAGCGACUCCCCGGCCCGAGCCCGCUGCCCCAGGAGAACCUCCCUCUUCAAGCAAAGGCUCGCCCGAGGCUGGUGGCCAUGCGUGGUGCAGGAGGAGGGCAGGCAGCGGCUGUCGGGGAAGAUCGAGAUGACGCUGGAGAUGCUGACGGCCAAGGAGGCGGAAGAGCGGCCGGCUGGGAAGGGACGGGAGGAGCCGAACAUGAACCCCACCCUGCAGCCCCCCGUGCGCCCAGAAGCCUCGUUCCUGUGGUUCGCGGCCCCCGUCAAGAGCCUGCGCUUCGUCCUCUGGCAGCCGCACAAGUGCAAGAUCAUCCUGGGGGCCGCACUGCUCCUGCUGCUGCUCCUGCUGGCCACCUUCAUCUACGCCUCCCCGCGCUACUUGGCCAUGAAGCUGAUAAACCCCUUCCGCAGUCUCCAUUCCUUUGGGAGCCUCAAUCCGCUGGCGGGGAGCGGCGGGAGCCCGUAGGCCCCAGGCCAGCCCAGCCCAGCUCCUGGGAUGACAGCCUGCUACAGGCCCCGAAGACAGACAGCGCCGGCUGUCCCCCAGCACCGAGGGACCCAUCCCUCCCCCAGCCUGGGGAUUUGGGCACCAGCCCCUGCCCUACCAUCACCUGGAUCUUCCCUGCCCCAAGGGAGCAGCCCCGGGUCUUACUGCUCGCUCCCCGCACCCGCUCUGCUGGCCUGGGCUCCUGCUCCGUCCCCGGGGCCAAGGGCCC